AUGAAUCGACCGACUUCCAAAAGGAAGAAACCCCCGGCUAGCCAUGCGUUCAAGCUCGUCAUCCCCUGCCGACCAGACCUAGACCGAUUCAAACCCGCCGAUGGAAAGAUCUUCGAUGACGUUUGCAGAGCCUCCGAUGACCUUGGUGACCCCAUCGAGAUAUCGAACACGGUCAAGAAGGACGAGCCAGACAUCCCCAAAGCCUUCGCUUCCAGACCCUCCGAUGAAAUUGAUGCCCCCGUCGAGAUACUGGAAACGGCUAAGAAGAACGAGCCAGACUUUCCCAAACCCUCCUCCUCAAAAAAAAUCAAAUCCAAUCAAUCAUCGCCUAUCGCCGUCGUCAAACCAAAGCGCAGAGCAAGUUUACCGGAAUCGUCUAAACCUGGGAAAAACUCAAAGCCGGUUAAAAAGCAUCGUGCUCGAUCUGUAAAGAAAAAAUCUACGAAUCCAGCCGAAGACCCAGAUAGCGAUGACCUCGAUUACUCAGAAAAAGAAGAAGUGGAUAGCCGACUGAGGCAGAAAGAACCGCCGGGGAGAAAGAAGUUUGCCAAGUUGCGGAAGUUACGCAGCCAAUUUAUCAAGAAGAAAUCGAUCAGCAAAGAAGUGAAUUCGAAAAGGAUUGUGCCCGAUUCGGACAUCGAAAUCGAGUCGGGUCCAGGAAAAACCCAAAAGAAACGGGCCCAGAGACAAAUCGAAACUUUCAUGCCUGAUAUCUUUAAGAAUACCAAAUUAGAUAAUCGCUCUCAUUUCAGAGUCGUCUGCGAAUAUCUCAUUUACCAUAGCAUCCUUCCUCAAAUCGAGUGGAGGAAAAUCAAGAAAGAUUUUGACAACAGUUGCAAACAUCUAGACGAUUAUUUCAACUCGCACGGCGUACAAGCUCUAGACUCAGCAGGAUGGACUCAAGUAUUUAGGAAUGAGUUGAUGAGCCGGCCUUUCAUAACUGAGCAACCCUUGCGACAAGCGCGUCUUGGAUGUGCUGCUUGUCGCAACCGAACUAAAUACAGUAAGAAAGUGAUCCAAUUACAAGGAAAGCCGUACUCUCCAGACACUUUGAAACCUCUAAAGCCGAAACAAAUCUCACGUGAUUCCAGCUCGGAUGGUGAGAGUGAAGAGGAAGAAGGUACCGAUGAGAGCUCGGAGAUCGAAGAUGGAGAAGAUGAAGGCAAACAACAUAAAUUCAAACUCAAUCCAGAUCUUAUGCAAAUCACUCCGGAAUGUUCCACGCUGGCUUCUGGUGAAGAUUGCGCGAAGCGGUCUAAAGAAUAUCAUUUCUUUAAACAUUGGAAGUUCUAUCUCCUCAAGGACCUGAAGCCGAUCCUCAAACCACACCGAGACAAGAACGCCAUAUUACGCAGAGAGUAUCAACAUUCUGAUCCGGAACCGAACGACGGCCAGUUGGGAUUGAUAGAGCGAGAGAUUCGGAAGGCCUUCCAAACGAUCCAGGCUGAUCAAACUCAUCAAAACUUGGACAACCUGUUUCAUCGUUUCAAUACUCGUUUGAAUCAAGCCAAGAAGACUUACGCAACUUAG